AUGCUUGAAAAGGGGUACCAGAUAUCCACCUUCAAAGUCCCUUACUCUCGCGAUGCAGACAUCAGACCAUCUCCCAGCAUGGUGUUGCAACAAAAGAAUCCCGACUUUUGGAAUUGGUUUGAUUUCAAGUAUGUAGUCACGGCCACUGUCGGAUUUUUUGUGUUAUUGGCACCCGUAUCAACUCAUAGUUUGGAUAGGAAACAAGAACUGUUGGAACAGCUCAAAUCAUAUCCAUCAAUGAAACAAGCUUUACACCUUCAAGAUAUCUGUUGGACGAUUCUCAUGGACCUUGUUCGAAAGCUGCCACCGUCUUUGAACUUUGCUGUUGGAGAUGAAUACUAUGAAGACUUACUCGUCAUAUUGCAACGUGCACCUCUGAAGACGAUUCGAUGGCAUCGUUACAGAAGUGCUUUUAGUCUUGUGCAUCGACAAGACAUGAUAUUCUUGUAUGAUGUGCUGCCUGAAGACAAGGAAAUCAGAGCACCAUUGAUGCUUGCGAAUUCUCUACAAAAGGAUGUCACAGCCGUAGAAUGGAAGCCCAAGUCAGGUUCAGUUUUAGCUGUUGCUUGCAGGACGGGAGUGUGUCUAUGGCGAAUCAAAUAUCCACCACCAAAGGCAGCCACUCCAUUCACAGCAUCACAACCUCCACUCUUUGAAUCAACGACUCCCACAGAAAUGGAAUUCCUCUCAUAUGCUCAAUCUGGUCAAUUCACAUCAUUGUCAUGGUCUCCUGAUGGUCAAAUGUUGGUGGGAGCGUCAGCUACUAGUCCGAUGAUGGUUGUGUGGGAUUUCAUGUCUGUUGGAACACCAAUACGACCUCCUGGUGGUGGUGGAACGAAAUUUGUUGCAUUCAGUCCUGAUGGACAAUAUUUGUUGCAGAUUUGCAUAUUGUCAAAGAUGUGGAUAUGGGAAACCACGAAAUGGACUUGUGUGGAAUUGGUGGUCAGAUCUCCAUGUCAAUGCGCUGUAUGGACCCCGACUGGAAACAGAAUCAUCUUUGCAUUACAAGGAGAUUCUUCGCUAUAUGCCGUCUCUGUUGAAAAGGGUCCUCCAUUGACUACUCGACUCAUCAUACCUGAACGAACUGCAAACUUCAAAUUCGGCAGACAUGGACGAUUGACACCGUCAAAGAAGGAAGUGAUUGUAGGAGGGCCUAUUGAAGGUCUUGCUAUGGAUCCGUCAGGAAGUCGACUGGCAAUAUCAUUUGUGGAAUCUGAGCUGGUCUUGUUGGCUCGAAUGGAAUUUGCCAGUGGCAUCCCAGACUAUUUUCCACUUGGUUUCAUUCGUGGUCCAUAUUGGGAUGCAGCAGACACAGCUAUACCAGCAUCGCCGUACCAACCGAAUAUCAAGGGCGCCAGUAUCUCUCGGGACUUGGUACCAGGUCCCCAUGCUCUUUUGUCGUUUGCAAGCUAUCAAGGAGUGGUCGUUCUCAGUUUGGCGUGGGAGGAUGGAACAGUGCAAUUGGUUGAUUCUUCAGCUGGUAGUCUUCAGUUGUCAAACAUUCCUGCCGUCCUGCCGGCUCGUUUAGAACUAAUCUCUUUCGUAAUGCUCUCUCACAUCGUUGAUGAAAACCGUUUUGAUUUUCCCGUCGAAAUUAUCGAGGCAAUCUUGGAGAAAGCUACAAAGGAGGACGGUAGCAAAGACUGGAAGUGUCUAUAUUCAUGUGCUCUGGUCUCAAAGACAUGGAAUGAAUGUACACUCCGUUUGCUAUAUGAAACGAUUCCACCACGUCACGAUUCUUUAUGGUGCAGUUACCUCCCGCUGGACUUGAUACUGGCAAAUCGAAAUGCAUUUGGUCAAGAUGCUCUUAAGCAUGUGAAGAGACUGGAAUAUCAAGGUGAUGCUCAUGUUCUGACUCAUUUUGGACCAAUACGGCACCUUACAGUGUUGCAGCUCACAUUGGAUCAAGAUCAACUCAAAGAACUUUUUGAACGGUGCAACAUACUCUUCGUCAAAGUAUCACUUCGGGCUGCUGAUACGCUUGCUCAGGCUCGGAAUUUGAGCCAUUUAUACUAUCACUCUCCCGAUGACGAUGAGGAGGAUAUCGAUGAAGCACUGAUCGCCCGCUUCAUGGCUAAUAAUCCAAAUGUCAAAAUCAAGCUUGAUGUAGAUGUUAGCUUCAGGCCAAGUGGACCACUACUGAAAACGAUACGGUGUUUGAAAAUCCAUACCUUUGAAUGUGAACUCCCGGUGCAAUGCGCUUUGGAUGCAUUACGAGCAUCAAGCUCGCAAACUCUGGAAGUAUUUAGAUGUAAAGCAUCUUCAUUUAGGAAAUCGUCUCUGUCUCGUAAACAUGUAUACGAAGCUCGCGACUGGGACUUUAUGGCAUUCCCGAACUUGAAGAAGGUCACCAUGAAUUUUGAUGCAGGGCUAGUAAAUUACCAUCAUAUAUUCUUUGGAUCUUUAGCAUCUGAAGACAUAGCAGCCAAACUGGAGUAUCUGGAUGUAUAUCUAGGAGAUCCGAAAGUGUUGAGGAAGGCUAGCUAUGUCGUUGACAAACUGAUUGAACGCCAUGCUCGAAGUCUCAAGACCUUGAAAAUGACCGAUAUACCCGAAUCCAUAUAUACCUAUAACUUUGGGCAUCUUGAACGGCUCAAAGUACCAUCCAACACCCUCGAAAUUAUGAUGCUGCUUCGAGGUCAUGGCAGACAUCUUACGAAUUUGGAUAUUGGUGAAUGGCGGAAUCAUGAGGAUAUUGAAUUACUCACAGUAGAUGCCAUAGUACAAAGUUGUCCCAAACUGGUCGAUAUAUCGAUACCAUAUGGGAAGACCGGCAUCAGUGAGACUGACGUGGAGUUGAUGGCAACUGAACUCCAGAGUCUUCGAUAUCUAACGCUGCAUAUGCCAUACACGGAACCCGUAGAACUCUUGAAGCAGUCAAUGGAACUCAUAGCUACUAGAAGAUCGAAAGAAGGAUUUAGGGUGUGCCUGAACUUGAGUGGAUGGAGAAUGGAUGAUCGGACUCGAGUACAUAUCUAUCGGUUGUCAAAGAGAACCGUGUUUGUAUCUAGCAGGAAGACCCCUUGCCCUCAUAAUGCUGCUCGUGCUCUUCAAGCUAUGAAUCGGAUAUGA